AUGUGUAGCCUGGACGCGGCCGGCCGGCUCGUCUUCUGGGUGGCAAUGAGCGCGCGGCAGCAGGCCAACCUCGAGGUUCUGGACGGCGACCUUGGAAUGGCGCCCUGGGGAAGGGUCAAGCUGGUCAAGAUCAGCCACGUCACCGUCGACGACUUCCUGGAUGCCCAGAAGACGUUCACGGAAGUGCACGACUUCCGCAUCCAUCCGACCGACCCUAGCCACAUAUAUGUGAGCACGGACAGCGGCACAAUUAUCCACUGUACACGCCAAGGCAUCAGGGCUACGCCACGCAUGUUCCGUCCAGAAAUAGACCUGUCGGUGCCGGUGCAGUGCCUGGCGUUCUGCCCGUUCGACCAGCCGUACCUGCUGGCUGGCGGUGCGGACGGCUCGCUGCGGCUGCACACCACCUCGGGCGACCGGCCCCUCAUCACCUGGAACAACGCGACGGCCGGCGCGCCCGUGCUGGCGCUCGGCUGGUCUCGCUCGCGGCCCUGCGUCUUCUUCGUGCUCGACGCCGACUCAAAGAUCCACGUGUGGGACCUGAGCGCCGGCGACAUAUUCCCGGCCGAGACGGACGAGGUCAAGUCGGGCCAGGUCACCGCCAUGGACCUCAGCUACGGCGCGGAGGGCGACAAGCCCGUCACCCACCUGGCCGUGUGCACGGACGCCGGCACUGUUGAGGUACACAGGAUCUCGGAGACCUACACCAGCGCCACGGACGAGGCGGCAAGCACCGAGAUGGAGCAGUUCCUGCACUACGUCCAGAUCAUAUGAGAUGGUCGGAGCGGGACGGAACCGCAGCGGCGCGGACGCCGCCCAGCGGACGUGCGAGGGCGGCGGCUCGAAGCGGGUCGCCGACGAUUCGCCGCGGUCGCCUCGCGUGUGCUGGGCGCGCACCCGGCUAGCGCACCUUUAUACGCCCGCAGCAGCCGCUGCUGACCGCAGCACACUCGGGCCGUCCGUCGGCUUUGGCUGUUGUAGAAGUGUGUAAACCGUCGACGGGGGUGAGACGUUGCCGAUUUGCGUGAGAUUUAUGCCGGGUGCCUGGACUUGGAGGACGCGAGACCUCCACUGCAGUCUGGGGCCAGAGAGACGCGCUGGAUUGGCUCACAUGCAGGCAGGCAGAGUCUCA